AUGGCGAAAGGAUCGCGGCGAGGGAAGCAUUCCGAUGAGUCACUGCAGCGGCAAGCUGACAGCAUUGCUAGUUCCACAAGGAUCCCUGUCUCGCUGCAGCAGUCAACGCCAACGGAGACAAUCGGCAUGCGUCCGCCCAAGUCGCUGUCCAACAUUAAAGACAAAAAACUUCGGUCUGAACUUUCACGACAGUACCUUUCCCGCAAGCGUGCAGAGCAACAUGCGAAGCUUGCUGAUGAGUAUUUGCAUGGAUCCAUUCCUGGCGAAGAUGCUGGGCUUAUGGAAGUGGACAACGAGAUGGAACGAACGGCUCGUGUUACGCAGUCGCAAAUUCAGAGUGCUGUGGGUGUGGAAACGGCGCGCAAGUCGUUUGAGCUCAAGCUUGGUGGGAAGAAUACGGUAAGUCUUGGCCCCUAUCGUUGUGAUUACACACGAAAUGGGCGUCAUCUGUUGCUGGGUGGCCGCAAAGGCCAUCUUGCCGCCUUCGACUGGCAGAGUGGCAAGUUGUCGUGCGAGAUUCAAGUGCACGAGACGGUGCGUGAUGUGCGAUGGCUACACAACAACACGUUUUUUGCUGCCGCGCAAAAGAAAUAUACCUAUAUUUACGACCAAAAUGGCAUUGAGAUCCAUCGGUUGAAAGAUCAUAUUGAAGUGCAGCGUAUGGAGUUCCUUCCGUACCACUUCCUGCUUGCGACGAUCGGCAAGCCUGGCUACCUCAAGUACCAAGAUACAUCUACGGGCGAGCUCGUUGCGUCGCACCGCACUGGUCUCGGUGCCUGUGCUACGAUGGCGCAGAACCCACUGACCGCUGUGAUUCACCUGGGGCAUGCCAAUGGCACUGUCACGCUCUGGACGCCCAACAUGUCGCAGCCUGCACUCAAGAUGCUAUCGCACCGUGGCCCUGUGACGGGCCUGUCUGUGGAUGCCUUCCGAGGUGGUCGUGAGUUGGUCACAAGUGGCUUGGACGGUAUGAUCAAAGUAUGGGAUACACGUAUGCUCGGCAAAGGCCCGCGACGCGAGUGGCAGAGCCGCCGUGCUGCGAGCGAUGUGGCUUACUCGCAGCGUGGUCUGUUAGGCGUGGCAUGGGGCAAUCAUGUGAGUUUGUAUGAUACACAUGCGGAGCUGGGGAACGCACCGCCAGGUCCGUACAUGACGCAUGGCCUCCCACAGUGUGCGCCGCUGCAGGUCCGAUUCUGUCCGUUUGAAGAUGUGUUGGGCGUGGGUCAUGCACAAGGCUUUUCGAGUCUGAUUGUGCCAGGCGCAGGUGAGCCGAACUUUGAUUCUAGCGAGGCCGAUCCGUUCGAGACGAAGAACCGCCGCCGUGAGCGUGAAGUGCACAACUUGCUGGACAAGAUUCAGCCGGAUAUGAUCACGCUGGAUCCCGACAUGAUGGGCCAGCUCGAUACACGCGCCUCGCGGGCGGUGGACAGCGUCACUGCCGCGCCGUCGCGCAUGGGCGCGGUGCCUCGCGCCGCGGAUGGCACGCCGUAUGCGCGUUUAUCACGUGCACAGCGUUUGCAGCUCAACGAUGCGAUGGAGGCCGAUGUGCUGGUGGACGACCGGGAUGAGGACGAGGCAGGCACAAAGGCGCACGUACCUGCCAAGGGCGUGGCCAAGGAGAAGAAUCGGGCGCGUGGCCGUAACAGCGCUAUGAAAAAGUACUUGCGCAAGAAGCGGCAGAAUGUUGUGGACGCCAAUACGAUUGCACUGCGGGAAAAGUACCAGCGCGAAAAGGCACAGCGCCGUGCGAAGGAUAUGCCGCCACCGCCGCCCAAGGAGCCAAGUGCGUUGGACGUCUUCCAGCGCGUCAAGGGCCCACGUGCGUAG